UUUUAGUUUUUUGGUUUUGGUAACAAGUGAAAAGAGGCGCGAGGGCUUCAGUGUGGUAUUGGAAACUGCACAGCCUUUUACCGGGGUUUUCGAGCGCCUGAAAAAUUACGGCGGUGGCGGCUCAGAGGCGACUAGAGGAUGGUGCAAUCCUGCUCUGCCUACCGUUGCCGGAAUCGUUAUGACAAAGAGAAGCCCAUCUCCUUCCAUAAAUUUCCUCUCACAAGACCUGAUCUCUGCAAGAAAUGGGAAGCUGCUGUUAGAAGAAAAAAUUUCAAGCCAACAAAAUAUAGCAGCAUUUGUUCAGAACACUUUACUCCAGAUUGCUUCAAAAGGGAAUGCAAUAACAAGCUACUGAAAGACAAUGCUGUGCCAACAAUAUUUUGCCACACUGAGCCAAAUGUGAAGGCUGAAGGCACUCAGGAACCAGCUGAAGAGCCAUCUCCCCCUUCUCCUUCACCUCCACCACCCCUACAAACAGAUCCAAGACUAGUAGAUCCAAGCAUUGGAUUGUUAAUGCCUCCGCUUCAUACCCCCAAUAAUAUUGCUGUUUUUUGUGAUCACAACUAUACUGUAGAGGAUACAGUACACCAGAGAAAAAGAAUUCAGCAGCUGGAAGAGCAGGUGGACAAACUGAGGAAGAAACUUAAGACUGCGCAGCAGCGAUGUAGGCGCCAGGAGAAACAGAUUGAAAAACUGCGAGAGCUUGUUCAGUUUCAGAAGGAAAAAGACGUGCUGUCGGGCAAAGGGGGUUAUGUGAUUCUGCCCAAUGACUACUUUGAAAUUGUAGAAGUACCUGCCUAAGAGGGUUUACUCUUUGUGGGGCGCUGCCAAGUUUAGCCUCAUCAAAGUAACCCAGAAGUUGAGUUUAAAAAUGCAAUGCUUUUUAGUUCUGUGUAUAUUAAAUUUCAC